AUGUGGAAUACGAGCGUUGCCAGAACACCCUCUAUGCGGUCCCUAUCCGCCCGGUCGAUGCCCGCAGGUUCUCCAGGCUCGAGAGGUUACGAUUCUGAUCGGAGCAGCGAUACCAUCGGAAAUGAAGAAGCACAAGCCGGACUAUGGCAACGGCAGGGCAGUUUGUCGCCGAAGCUUGACAGUUCUAGCAUCCAGCUAGCAGAAAUACCAGAACCGCGGAGUCUUAUUGUGCAAAACGCGCAGUACCACCCACAACCUCUCAAGCAGAUUCUCUCUGAAGAUCUGAAGCAAUCAGACGACGCCGACUUUCCUAAAACAACGCCCACGCUACGAGAUUAUAGAACAGAUGCAGGCAGUGCUUCCGGCUCCUCAGAGGGUGAAGAGGAGCCUGAACGAAUUCCCGGGCCCCUCGAAAAGCAGCUUUCCUCUCUAAUGUCCAAAAUUAUUUAUAUCGAGCAAGCAAAUCCCACCAUAUCCAUUGCGCAGGAAGAAUAUGAGGCAUUGCAGGAAAGAGUCAAAGUUCUCGAAGCCGAGAAAGCUGCAACAGCUCAACGACACGAGGCUAUUUUUACACUUCGAGACGAAGACGUCGCCAACCUCAGGAGAGUCCGCAUCUUGCUAGCCGCAGAACGCCGUGAACAUGCUGCAUUUAGAAAGCUGCGGGACGAUGACCUCAAAAACGUUAUUGUCCUGCGCGGCAAACUGUGCGAUGCAAUCCGUAAGGUCGAGCGAUUAGAAAGAGCCGGUGGCCAUGGGCAACAUACACCCCCCCGACAACCCAAGAGCAACAUCUCCUUUGAACGACGAGAUAUAUCAGAUCUAUUCCAAGCCGCGAAGAACGCAGCGCUGGAACAGCGGGUGCUCGAGCUCGAGAAAGCCAACGAGGCUCUCAUGGGCCAGCUUGCCGCUGCAACCCAGAACAACGCCUUUCGUGCCACGACAGACAAAGCAUGGCGCACUGCAGUCGACGAGGUAGAAAGCAAACUACGGCAGAGGGAGGAGGAAUUGGCUGAAAUGCGCCGCUCGUCCGUAGCACCAGCCGGUAUGGACUGGAAUAGGAUGGAGGCAUUACUUGAUGAGCAUGGAACGUUCCGCGAAAAGACAGCGCAGAGAUUGCAGCAGCUUCGGUCAGAGAAUGAGGCGCUGCGUCGGGAAUUGCAUAGGAAGGAGGACGAAAAUUUAAGCCUAGAGGCGAGAUUGAAAAGUCUACAACGUACAUCACAGGCAGGAAUGUUUCUGGGGGUGCUGAAAUAG